AGUAGCUUGCGGUUGUUCAGGAUGACAGCUGAACGGGUCGUAAAGGUAAAGCAACGCAGUCGCUACCAUUAACAACAAUCAUCACAAACUCCAGUUUAACAGAAAGGACAGACACAUUUCACGGUGUGACACGUUUUAUACCACAGGCGGAAGUGUUUGAUUGUACCGGAGGACGGUAAUUGUUAACCUUGCGGAUAUUUUUAGUUCUUUCACGAAGAGAGAAAAAGAUCCGUGUCCGGAUGUGCCAGCAGUAUUGGGUUUUUCGCAUGGCGUAGGCACCUUUUCUAAAGCAGGAUAUCCUUCAUGUUUGGAGGGUCGCAGGAGCCCCUCGGGUCGAGAGUUUUUCUCGCUUUUAACAUUAACUACACCUCCAAGAUUACCAAUUUGUGAGGAAAAAGGAUCAACGAAAUGAUUGUGCAAUAAGAGGAAGAACCUUCGUAACACGUCUUGCCUCAGUGUUGUGACUGUGGAGAGAGCAAGUCACCGGAUACAUUGUUUUUUUUGUUUCCUUAUCGAAACCCCAACAGUAAACGUUUCUUUCGGCUCUUACAAGGGAGAGAAAAAAGAGAGGGGAUAUUUUGUUGUGCUGUUAGUGUGUGAACCCCUCCAAGGACCGUGAAAACCUUCACGAUGACGAGCAGCACCCCAGCGGACAUGAUAAACCUGCGGCUCAUUUUAGUCAGCGGGAAAACGAAAGAGUUCCUCUUCUCUCCCAACGCCUCCGCAGCGGACAUUGCCAAACACGUGUAUGAAAACUGGCCGAUGGACUGGGAGGAAGAGCAGGUCAGCAGUCCUAACAUCCUGAGGUUGAUCUACCAGGGCCGCUUUCUACACGGCAACGUAACACUAGGAGCUCUCAAACUGCCCUUGGGGAAGACCACAGUGAUGCAUCUAGUUGCCAGAGAGACUUUGCCUGAGCCAAAUUCCCAAGGUCAGAGGAAUAGAGAGAAGACCGGGGAGAGUAACUGCUGUGUCAUUCUGUAAAUACACACCACCGCCGGCCCAUCAUCCUUCUCAUCCGUUCUCUCCCUCAACAUCCUGGACCUAAUGAGUCUGUCCCCUGUCCUGGAGCCUGUCUACAGUGCGGAUAUGCAUACAGACAAACACACACACACACACCCUUCUCUUUUUCUCCCCCCCCCCUUCUCUCUCACACACACACACACACAUGUAUAGAAAGACAGCAGGCUCAGGCUGAUUCAGGAUGCAGAGUUGGGAGCAGGAAAUUGAAAAACAAUAGAGUUGAUUCCUUUGUUGUACUUGAUUUGUUGUCAUAAGUGAAAAUGUGUGGAAGGAACUGGAUUUGCAUGUGUUUUUGUUUUUGUGUUUAUUUCUUAAUGCACACCUUUUUAAGCCUUCCGCAACACGCAUACAUGCAACAGACACACACACUUUGUCUAGCCAUCCUUGGCCGGUGUGUCAAAAGUCCUUUACUAACUGGCUCCUCAUUCCAGCUGGUUGUCAUAGUAAUGCAGUGCCCAAUUGUGUGUGUGUGGCCUUGUUUUCUCAUACAAACUGCUGAGAAUUUUAACCACUAACAACUCACCAACACACACACACACACACACACACACACACACACACACACACACACACACACACACACACACACACACACACACACACACACACACACACACACACACACACACACACACAAUGACAUCCUGUAUACACAUCCUACCAUAUGUGCUUGUGUGAUCUCCCUCGGUGCAGCAGACAAAGCUUAGACGUGCCUGAUCAGAGAACUCAAACCAGGACACACAAACACACAUUUAGAAACUCCGAUGUCCUUUUUACUGCCCUCAUCUGCCCUCAAAGGUCACAAGAGAGAAAUUAUUCCUUUUCGUCUGCAGAGCGCUGUAGAUACCGACGCAUCAUACUCUUUCACUCGUCAUAUUCUUAGCCAAACAAAGCCUAACAAACAGACAAAUAGAAAAUCAACCAGUGUUGGUGGUGUUGUUUUGGUUAUUUGUUUGUCCAUGACAUUUGUGACUGUGUUUUGACAGUCACAAAUAUAUUGCUAUUAUUACAAAUAUUUCUGACCGCCCAGUGUUGUAAAAAAUGAAAUGUCAUGUCAGUUACCUUCCCUGCCUGAUGCACCAUCCCCUCUCUCUCUGUGUGGAAAGGCUCAUUUUUCUUCCUUUUCUAACAGUGUUGUGAAGGAUCUCUAUGACAAAUUGCUCUUGAAGCAGGGAAAUUAGUUGCAAUUAAAUUGUUCCUUAUUUGUCUUAAUUCGCUUCUUACACUUUCCUUGAUUCUCUCUCUCUGCAUUAAUACAGUAAGUCCAUUUUGCACAACGGAAGCAUGUGCUCCUUCAUCAGAUUAAUUCAAAUGUAUAAAAAGUUUUAUUGUUUUAUUUUAUAUUUUUCCAAUGGAAGUAAUGUUCCAAACUAAGGUAACGUGUAGAUUAUAUUUAAUAUGAAUCUUAUAUAGAACAUGAUGACUUUAGAUCUUGUUGAUAUACAGUAUAUUGGUGUUUAGUCCAUGAUUGUGUAUACGGUUAGCUUCUAGCCAGUUCACAGUCACUCGCUGACAAUGUCUUGUGCUUAAAAGCAGCAACACCUCGCUAAUCAUCGACGGACUGUGUUUUUAUUUUCUAUCUUCUGUGCUCUUUUAUUAUUUUUUCAUUUGUUUAUAAUUUAAUGUAAUCCUUUUUCUCUUUGUGAGUUUUUUGCUUUAAAAAAUCGCUUUGUAACAGCACUAGGUCUUAAAAAAGAUAUAUUGUUUAUAUUGAUCAGGGUUCAAAUCUGUACAGAGAUAAACGUUUUCAAACCAAUUGUAAAUAGCACUAAUGCUCCCUCUCCCCCAUUCAAACUUCAAAAUGGAAUACAUCUGUAAACAAAAUAAAGGUCAUUGAAGUGCA